AUGAAUUCCGGACAGAAUAGUGCCAGUGCGGGACAACGUGCCCCAGCGGUUUUGCCUCCAAAUUUCCACAUCGACCCGUACGACCGACGGAAGACGCGUUGGCCCCGAUGGGUGGAAAGAUUGGAAACCGCGUUUGCGAUUUACGGAGUGGCGGAUAACGAAAUGCGCCGGAACCUGAUUCUGCACCUUAUGGGUUCGGACGCAUAUGAGGUUUUGUCCGAUCGAUUGGCACCGGAAAAUCCUCGUACUCAAACGUAUUCAGCAAUCGUUGCUACCCUGCAAGAGUACUUCAGCCCGGAACCGUCGGAAAUUAGUGAGAAUUUCCGGUUCAACAGUCGUCACCAGGGCGACAAAAAUGCUGCUUCCCCGGAAGAAACCAUCGAUGAAUUUCUGGUGGCAUUGCGACGGAUUGCCGUCACCUGCGAUUUUGGAGGUUAUCUAGAGAGAGCCUUACGAAAUCAACUCGUUUUCGGUGUUAAACGCGAUGACAUCCGUGAGCGCCUCAUGGAAAGAAAACGCCUCACCUUGCAAGAGGCACGGGACAUCGCAGUUAGCAUGGAGCUUUCCCAGAAGAGCGGAGCAGUAAUUACUGGAACUGUUCCGAAACACGAUGUGCACGCGUUCCAUAACCCUACAAAAAAGUGCAACACAGGAAAAAGUGCUGGCAAAUUGCCGAAGAAAAAGUUUUGCUUCCGUUGCGGGGAUGAAAAUCACCUAGCAAAAGAGUGCAAAUUCCACUCUGCAAAGUGUUCGUUUUGUGGGAAAAAAGGGCAUUUAGUGGAUGUGUGUAUGUCUAAAGCAGCAGGGAAAAGCCCAAGUGCGGGGAAAUCUGGGUUCAAGUCGGGCAAAGUGAAGGCAAAUUACAUCGGAGAAAGAAGCCAUCUUGAAGAAAAAAGUGAUACGCAAUUUGUCGGCGAAAUUUGCUCGUUGAAUGUGUGCGCUGGUGUUACGAAGAUGUGGUUGUCUCUUCUCGUUAACGAUGUGUGCGUUCGAUUUGAAAUCGAUACGGGUAGUCCCGUCAGCAUAAUUAAUACGAAGUGCUACGAUAAUUUGUUUGCUGAUGUGCGUUUGCGAAGAAGUCGGUUGAGCUUGGUUAGCUACUGCGACAGUGACAUCCAUGUACGGGGGGUCUUGGAUGUGGAAGUGCAAUACAUGGGAGUGAAAUCGAUUUUGCCGUUGUACGUGGUUGAUUCCAACAAACACCCACUGCUGGGUAGGGAAUGGCUGCGUGUGUUGGCAAUCGAUUGGAAUACGAUGCUGCGAGUUCCGGAUACAGUGAAGAGUGUCAGUGUUAGUGAUAGUGCGUCGCAAUUGGAACAAAUAUUCCGAAAAUAUGCGACAGUGUUCGAGGACUCCAUCGGGAAAAUAUCAUCAGUGCAAGCUAAACUACACCUUCAGCCCAACGCGCAUCCAGUGUUUCUCAGAGCGCGCAAAAUUCCUUUCAAUAUGCAAAAGACAGUGGACGCUGAACUGAACAGACUUGUGGCUGAAGGUGUUCUUAGCAAAGUGGAACACAGUAAUUGGGCGACUCCGAUAGUACCUGUGAAGAAAUCGGAGAAUCGCGUACGUGUUUGUGGUGAUUAUAAACAAACAGUGAAUCCUCAAUUAAAAGUGGACCAGCACCCGCUGCCAACGAUAGAUGAGCUGUUUGCGUCGUUCGCCGGAGGAUCAAAAUUUUCCAAAAUUGAUCUUGUCCAGGCGUACCUGCAGAUGGAGGUUGCACCCGAAGACAGAGAAAUUCUAACUCUGAACACGCACCGCGGACUUUAUCGUCCGAAUCGACUGAUGUACGGCAUAUCAUCAGCUCCGGCAAUCUGGCAGCGCCAAAUCGAAACGAUCUUGCAAGGCAUCGAAGGAGUAAGCGUUUUUCUCGACGACAUUAAAGUAACAGGUUCUACCGAUGCGGUACACCUGAGUCAUCUUGAGGAAGUUCUGCGACGAUUAGCCUACCAUAACAUUCGGGUUAAUCGAAAAAAGUGCGAAUUUUUCACCGAUUGCAUCCAGUACUGUGGGUAUCUCAUCGAUCGAGAAGGUAUUCACAAAAUUUCCCAAAAAGUCGAAGCAAUCCAAAAUAUGCCGCGGCCAAAGAACAAGGAUGAGGUUCGAUCCUUCGUCGGCCUAAUUAAUUACUACGGGCGUUUCUUCGAAAAUUUGAGCACAGUGCUGUACCCGCUCAACAAUCUGCUGAAAAAGGAAGUUGACUUCAAAUGGACCAAGGAGUGCGAAAAGUCCUUCCGAAUCGUCAAGGAGAGAAUGCAGGCAGACAACUGCCUCGUACACUACUCGCCGGAUCUGCCUUUGCUGCUGGCAACCGAUGCUUCUCCUUACGGCGUCGGGGCGGUACUCAGCCACAUUUACCCCGAUGGCAGCGAACGCCCGAUACAAUUCGCAUCGCAGACGUUGAAUCGCACUCAACAGGCUUACAUGCAGGUGGACAAGGAAGCUUACGCCAUAGUGUUCGGUGUGAAGAAGUUUUUCCAAUACAUCUACGGUAGAAACUUCACCUUGCUGACGGACAAUCAAGCUGUUUCGAAGAUCUUCAACGAGAACAAAGGUCUUCCCGUAAUGUCCGCGCUUAGAAUGCAACACUAUGCCACCUUUCUACAAUCGUUCAAGUACGAGCUACGAUUCCGCAAGUCAGUGGACCAUGCCAAUGCGGACGCGCUGUCCAGAAUGCCAGUGAAGCGGUCGGAUCCUGAAAGCGAUAUCGAGGAGUCCGAUGUCGUUGAGCUGAACCAGAUCGAAACUCUUCCACUGACCACGUCGGAACUUUCCCAAGCAACUGCUGAUGAUAAGUCGGUGAGUACACUUAUCCAAGGGUUAAAAUACGGGAAAAUUGUUGAUGCCAAAGACAGAUUCGGGGUUGACCAAACAGAAUUCUCGCUGCAAAAAGGUUGCUUGCUCCGAGGCAUUCGAGUGUACAUACCGGAUGUUCUCCGACAGCGAGUGUUACAAGAACUCCACUCUACACACUUCGGAGUUACUAGAACGAAAUCGCUGGCAAGAGGUUAUUGUUGGUGGAGUGGUAUGGACCGCCAAAUCGAAGAAUUGAUCUCGAAUUGCGCCGAAUGUCAAUCUGUCAGACCAGAUUCCUGGAAGGCCAAACCGCACUGCUGGGAGCCGGCUACCGAACCUUUCCAACGGGUUCAUGCGGACUUUGCCGGUCCAUUCAUGGAUACUUACUUCUUCAUACUGGUGGACUCCUACACCAAGUGGCCCGAAAUAAAAGUUUGUCGAUCCAUUACUGCCGAGAGUACCGAAAACAUGUGCCGUGAGAUCUUUAGUACUUUCGGAAUCCCUUCGGUCUUCGUUAGCGACCAUGGUGUACAAUUUACGGCCGAAUCCUUCCAGCUGUUUUUGAAACGAAAUGGCAUCGUGCACAAGAUGGGAGCCCCGUACCAUCCUGCUACCAACGGACAAGCAGAACGCUAUGUACAGACCUUCAAGCAAAAACUGAAGGCCCUCAAGUGUCCGAGGUCGAAGAUCAACUUGGAACUUGCGAAUAUCCUGCUGACGUACCGAAAAAUGUUACAUCCCUCUACUGGUCAGUCCCCGUCGAUGAUGAUGUUCGGUCGUCAAAUCCGUUCUCGCCUCGAUUUGAUGCUACCGAAAGCUUCCGAAGAAGAUCGCCCGAAUUUGGUCGUGCGACAGUUUGCAGAUGGCGACCGAGUCCGUGUACGAGAUUUCCUGUCGAACAAUAAGUGGCAGUUCGGAAGAGUUGUUUCUAAGUUGGGAAAAUUACGGUACACUGUCCGACUCGACGAUGGAAGAAUAUGGGAGAGACAUGUUGAUCACAUCUGCGGCGUAGGUGAACAUCUGCCGUUGAACAUCAACCAACCGGGUACAAGCUAUCAACGAGCAUUACCAAAUCCCGUGACAACUAUUCCAUCGAAUCCUGCUCUUGAUGUCGGCACUUCUGUCGACAAUCGACCGAAGAUUCCUGAUCCAACGGAUAUUGGAAGUAUACCAGAACCAGCGACCGAGGUCGUUGUUGACGACACUUCCAAGACGUGCAGCCCUGCCGGUGGAACACCGGUGGUUCGACGUGAAAGUAUCCCGUUACGGCGUUCCGGAAGAACAAUCAAACCUCCCCAAAAGUUAAAUUUAUAA